GUGAAGUUAACCAUAAACGUUAAGGUUGACAGAUCCUUGAAGCUUGCUGCCUGCUUGAGCAUGCGGAGCAGCCACAAUUGGAACUCAGGACAGAAAGGGCGCAGCAUUUGCAUGAAGAGAUUGCGCAGAGAACGUUCCAACUUCCAAGCUUACGAAGAACUCACCCCUGUCCUUGUUGGAGCUUAACUCCACUCCUAAGGCCUCUUGUCAACAACUACUUCACGCCGGAGUUGUGGAAAUUGUAGCCAGCCAAGAUGAGUACCGCUUUGCUUAACAAUGCCUGUGCGCAGCGGCAUUUCUUUGGCACCACCCCAAAACGUCACCCUUCUUUGACCACUGCGACUCAGAGUGCGCUUCCCUCCUCUUUCUCAACAUCUCAAUGUAAAAGUAGGCACACUGUGACGCGCUUCAUGAGCAAGGGUUUUGCAGCACAUGGAAAUUGCAGCAUUCAAUCCAAUAAACAGAGGACAAUUAGAGGGACGAGAGGGGUAGUGCAGGCGGCUCAGGGAGAGUCUGCCACCGCUGGUGUGGCCACAGAAGAGGAGGAAUAUGAAGAUGACGAGGAGUACAGCGAAGAGGAGCAGAGGCGAGAUAUGGCCGCCAUUCGGAACGUGCUGAAAGCACUCAGAACCAAGCGAGACAUGCCGUUCAACGAGGUGAAGCUAACCAUCAUGAUUGAGGACCCUCGCUUAGCAGAGCAAAGGGAGAAGUACGGCAUUGAGGACGACAGUGGGGUGUCAAGGGAGGAGCUAGCCGCAGCGCUCGUCGAUGUUAACGAGGGGCGCGUUCCUGACGACGCAUAUGUGCUGCGGGAGCUGACGAAGGAGAUGCUCAACUGGCCGAACUUGGACGAGGAACUUCCCAGCCGCUCGGCACCUACCCAGUCCCCUUACUUUAAGACGACCGACAUUGGCGUCGAUCGCCGUGUGAUGUCGGACCGUAUGGCCUGGGACGCCAUCCCGGAACUCGACGAGCUGCAAGAGAAGGAGAAGGACAUCGGAGAAGGGAACCCCGUCGUCGGUUACGGCCUCCUGUACGGCAUCAGUGGCAUUCCGAUCAUCAUAGGUGCUGUUGUCGUUGGAAUCCUUUUCCUGAACUCUUUCAAGUAGAGGAGUGUGACAGGUCGUGUUGCUCAUAGUUGUUUAGGGUAUGUACAAUAGAGGCGUUUUCACUGGUGCAUGCGGGCCCCUUUUUGAUGCAGAGUCGAUUGCUUUGCCAUGGAGAAACUUGAACCUACAGUGCUUAGUCCGGCCCACUAUGAAUUGCCCACCAUGACCCGUUGAAGCUUAAGUUCAUAUAGGUGCAUGCGUCUCCAUGCAAUAAUGAGCCUAGCUCGCUAUCGAUCAUCUAGCUUGAAGUAUGCAUGGA